AUGAAGAGUGAAGGCGUCACGAUCGCCCGCAUAGUGUACCAUUGCAUUAUGAUGGCGUUCGAGCGGUCCGACCCAGAGCUCACACUGACGAUUUUCGAGGAGAUGGAGGGAUUAGGAAUGAAGCCCGACGGGGUGGCGUAUAAUGCUGUGUUGGGCGCCUGCUGCCAGCUCGGCAUGCACGAGAGGGCUCGUCACCUGUUCCUUCAGAUGGCCGAGCGCGAGCUUGUUCCCGAUCGGAAGUCCUACAGUAUCAUGGUCAAAGUCUGCGCGACCAGCAACCAGCCCGAGGCGGCCCUUACCUUCAUGGGGACGAUAUGCGGAAGCGGGGCUUCGAGCCCGAUCGCUGGACGUACCACUACGCGAUCGUCUCUUGCCUCGCCCUUCGGCGCACCGAGCACGCCACCGAGACGUACAACGACAUGCUUCGGGCGAAGGUGCGCCCCCGCAGCGACACGUGCCGCUCUAUGA